AUGCCGCGAGAAGGGAAAGAAAUCUACGCGGUGCCUGGAGAGCUGUCCCGCCGCGCGCGCACCCCGCGGCAGAAAGACAGUCUCUCCAUCUGUGUCCCAAAGUCAGCACAGGUGGAGAAAAACGAGCCGCUUUCACAACCUUACGUUCAAGAACGGAAGGCCCUAGCUUCCCCUUUUGUCGUUAGUUUUCCACUGCAGAAUCUGCGACGUAGAUCUAAGGGUUUGCAGAACCUGGAAAGAAAGGAACCUUGUCUGCGCAAAGCGCAGAGGCGCCUCCUGGCGAGUCCGCUGGAAUGCACGCGGCGUUCCGGGUCGAGUCUCCAGCUCAGUGGGCGAACGCGCAUGGCCAGGGGCAGCUCCAGGUUCUGGAGGUCCGAACACGCGAUCUUGGGCGUCCCUAAGAGAGACGCCAUAACAAACGCGAUUGGAGCGACGUGCCGGGACGGAAGAGGGGCAGGAGCUAGACGAGCGGAGGUGGUCCAGCCCCGCCUACUGGGGAUGGGGCUGGGGGCAGCCCGCGCCGGGGGACCGAACGCGCCGCCGCUCCCCGCAGCGCCAGGGCUCACCAGCCGCCACGUGGGUUGGAGCUUCAGCUCCCCGCCCGAGACGGGUGUGACUUCCUAG